CUCCGCUGACAGUAUAGCUAUCUAUCUUCCACUCACAUCGCAGUCUCUGUCAGUAUCCGCGAUAUGAGCGCUAUAGGCCUAAUGGCGCGAAGCAUGGUAUCUCUGCGUCCGAAAGGAAUCGUUUCAGCGCACCUGUGCUUGGCGGUGGUUAUCGCCUGGAUGUCAURGAUGAGACCCGUGCUAUGUGACAGCGGCGUUUUACACCGGAGCGACGGGGAUCGUAUGCUUGACAGCCGCGGCGCUGUAGGCAUAGACGGGGUUGACGGAGUGUUCGGUCCGGGCUUGGGUGAUAAUGAUGGGGACGCGGGCGACGUGGAAUCCCCGCGCUUCAGGAGAGCACUAUCCCAAGAGAAAGUGUCCCUGCUCAGCAGCUCGUUCGUGCUCAAGGGGGAUGCUACUCACAACCAGGCGAUGGUGCACUGGACUGGGGAGAACAGCAGCGUCAUCCUCAUCCUGACCAAGUACUACCACGGUGACUCCAGCAAGGUUCUGGAGAGCUCCCUCUGGAGGUCUAGUGACUAUGGCACCACCUACAGCAAGCUCAACCUGAUGCCUGGGACAACUAUCGUGGUCUCUAACUUCUAUAUCUGCCCCAUCAACAAGAAAAAGGUGAUCCUGGUGAGCUCGUCCAUUAACGAGCGUGACCAGAUGCUGUUCAUUAGUACAGACGAGGGCUCCUCGUUCCAGCGACAGCCCCUCUCCUUCACCGCGGAGACCCUCCUCUUCCACCCCAAGGAGGAGGACAAGGUGCUGGCUUACUGCAAGGAGGGAAAGCUCUAUGUGUCCACGGAUUUGGGCCGGAAGUGGACUCUAAUGCAGGAACGAGUGACCAAGGACAGGAUAUAUUGGUCUGUGGCUGGCGUAGAUGUGGACCCUGACUUGGUGCAUAUGGAGAUGCAGGACACAAGUGGAGGGUACCUGUACGUAACCUGCCUGAUCCAGAACUGCUCAGACAAGAUGGUGACGGCUCAGUUCCUGGGGAAGAUCGACCACAACUCUCUCUCAGUCCAAGACGACUACAUCUUUGUCAAGGUGACCACGGGAAACCGCACCAAGCACUACGUGUCAUACCGACGGAAUGAGUUUGUCCAGAUGAGGUUCCCGAAAUACGCCCUACCAAAGGACGUCCACAUAGUGAGUACGGAUGAGAGCCAGGUGUUCCUGGCUCUGCAGGAGUGGUACCAGACGGACACCUACAACCUGUACCAGUCGGACCCGCAYGGCGUCUACUACUCCAURGUGCUGGAGAACGUCCGCAGCACCAAGCAGCCUGAGGAGAGCGUCCUUAUAGACAUACUGGAGGUCCGCGGGGUCAAAGGCGUCUUCCUGGCCAAUCAGAAGGUGGAUGGCAAAGUGAUGACUCUCAUUACCUAUAACAAAGGCCGAGACUGGGAACCCCUUGCCCCGCCUACCACUGACAUGAACGGCAAGCCGGUCACCUGCCAAUCACCUGACUGUCACCUCCACCUCCACCUGCGCUGGGCUGACAACCCUUACGUAUCAGGGACCGUUCACACCAAAGACUCCGCCCCAGGACUCAUCAUGGGUGCAGGUAACCUGGGUUCCCAGCUGGUGGAGUAUAAAGAAGAGAUGUACAUCACCUCUGACUGUGGGAAGACUUGGAGACAGGUUCAGUAUCGAUGAGGGAAGGACCUGGAUCAUCCACAACUUCACCAGCACCUCGGUUUUCGUUGAUGGACUUCUGAGCGAACCGGGAGAUGAGACACUGGUCAUGACGGUGUUUGGUCACAUCAGUUACCGGUCAGACUGGGAGCUUGUCAAGGUGGACUUCAGACAGUCAUUCCCCAGACAGUGUACCGAGGCCGACUACGACUCCUGGAAACUCACUGACCUGAAGGGAGAGAAGUGCAUCAUGGGUCAGGAGAGGAGUUUCAGGAAGAGGAAGGACACCGCAUUCUGCAUCAAGGGGAAGAGCUACACCUCCGCCCUCACUACCAAGACCUGCCAGUGCUCCGAGAAAGACUUCAACUGUGACUAUGGGUUUGAGCGUGCCCAAAGCCUGAAGACCGAGGGAGAUAGAUGCUUUGCUGACUUCUGGCACGACCCAGACUCGCCACCUGACGACUGCCAUCUGGGACACGACUUCGAGUCCAGCACAGGGUACAGGAAGGUUGUGUCCAACAUGUGUGAGGGGGGAGUGAACAAGCAGCAGAGCGCCAAGCAGCACACCUGUCCUCUGCUGCCUCCCAGAGGCCUCCAGCUGGGUAUAAAGGGGCAGAUGCUGGCUAUGGCGCCUGGUGAUGACAUCACCUUCAUCGUCCACCAGGAACAGGGUGACACCAGCAACACUAAGUACCAGGUGGACCUGGGUGACGGGGUGAGGGCCAUCUACCAGAACCUGACGGUGACAGACGAGCCCAUCCAGCACCGCUACGAACAGCUGGGGGUCUACCGUGUCACCGUCAAGGCCGAGAACAUGGCCGGACACGACCAGGCCACCAUGUACAUCCAGGUCACAGCCCCUCUACAGGAAGUUCACCUGGAAGUAGUUCCCAUUGCCGGGGUUAACCAGGAAGUCAACCUGACAGCUGUGGUGCUUCCUUCAGAGGCCAACCUGACUGUCUUCUACUGGUGGAUAGGAGACAACCUACAGCCCAAGCUGUCCCUGGAGAAUAGUCUGAUAACGCGGUUCCCUGAGGAAGGAGAGGUGUCUGUCACUGUCCAGGCCUCUAAUGGACGCUCCAUGGUGCAGGACACCAAGACAGUCCGCAUCUACGACCUUUUCCAGGUCAUCCCUCUGGCCUUCAGCAGUAACCUGGACCUCCUCAACCCCAACAUCCCAGAGUGGCGGGAGGACGUGGGUCAGGUGGUGACCAGGAUUCUGGCCAAGAUCACAGGUAUCCCCCAGGAGUCCCUGGUAACCAUGGUGAAGCCGGGCCUGCCCACCACAGCCGAGCUGUACAUUCUCCCACCAGAGAGCAAGCCUGCUAAGAGGAGUGUAUUUGUGGAUAAGCGUAUUCCUGCCAUUAAGCAGGCCUUCAAUGAGAACAACGUUAGCUUCAUCGUACGAGGAGGUCUACAGGUGUUGGUGACCUUAGCUGACCCUAACGCAGGACUAGUAGCUAAUGACUCGUCCACGAGAGCGACGGAGAUCGGUUCUCAGGGUGGAGUGGCAGGACCAGGUGUCUGCUCUGGUUGUCAUCUUCCUCAUCAGCGUCAUCGCUACUGGAUCCUUCAUCCCUACAAGUUCAAGAGAAAGCUGCCUGGCCGGAAUGUGUACGCCCAGAUGCACAAUGAGAAGGAGCAGGAGAUGACCAGCCCUGUCAAUCACAGCGAGGACACGCAGCACAUCAUCCAGGGGGAGGAGUUUAUCGACGACGAUCUGGACUCGCAGACUCUAGGUAACGCAGGAGGUAACCACUCGGGCGUGGUGCUGAGCAUCAACUCCAGAGAGCUGCACAGCUACCUGACCAGCUGAUGGCUGAACACGGACACACUAACCAGCUAGCCAUGCUAAAGAGCUAGCCAUGCUAACGAGCACAGGGAACUCUACUCUGCCUUCCUUCUCUGUCUCUCUGUCUGACCAACCAAUCCACCACUCCCCUUACAGAGGAAGAGAAACCACCAUAGUACUACAGUCUAGCAGUACUCUCUCUCUCUCUCCUCUUCCUCUCCAUGGCCCCUCGCUCCCUUGUUACGGCUCUCGCUCUUCCCACUGGACCAGAGGGACACUUACUGUAUCCUCCGUUCUGCUUCUCCCUCAAUCCCUCUAUCCAUCCCUCCACUGCGUUACUGUAACAUCAGGGGUGUGGGCCAACUCUGCUUUUUACCCAGUGUUCUUUGCACCCAGUGUCCUUUGCACCCUGUGUCGUGUUUGCUCGGUGUGUUCUCAUUGGUUAAACCCCGCAGAGACUGAUUGGACGCCACCCAGUGAGGAUGGACAGUUCCGGUGACAUCACAGAGAGGACGCCCCACCCACUGGCCUGCAAUUUAAAACGCUCUGUACUGUAAGACCCAUCUUUUCACUGACUGUUUUUACACACUAGGUAGUUCCCAGAUAUCAUAGUACACUAGUAGAAGAAGGAUAGCGGGGUACACAAUAUGACCAAAACAGAGCCAUGCAAUGACCAGGCCAUAGCCGUGAAAAGUACUCUCACACACAGUUUGGGUACUGUGGUUUAGUAGUGGAGAAAAGAGCGGUAAAUAUGUUAAUAGCUUUGUUACAACUCUGGGGGAUCCUACAAAAUGAAGAGAAGGUUUUUAGGAUAAUCUUAUUUUWUUUWUUWUUUUUUUACUAUCCCAUAAUUUAUAAUUGACGCCAUCUCUGUUUUUCUCUCUCACUUAAAUGCAAUAAUACUCUUUCUCAGGAAAGAAUUAGAUGAAAUGCCCCCUUUAAAUCUGCAGGGUUGUUAUAUGAAGGAUAGGGUGUUGAAAGGGAGCAGUCUGCACCAAUAAUGUACAUAAACCCUGGAUUGCUGGUGCAAUGUAUUGGCCAUUGAGAGGCUUUGACGCCACCGGUCGGCCAUAUUGGCACUCC